AUGUACAAACAUCAAGCCAAAAGAGUAAAAGCAGCUGCUGGGAAUAUGUGUCCUUUAAAUCUCUCCAAGAUCAGACAAUCUCUUAAAAAUGUUUACAAUAAAUUUAAUAACCAGCAACCAGAUUCAACUAGAAAUCCAACUAUAACUUCCUAUGGUUGUGAUCAAGAUGACAGUACUGAUGAAGACAUGAGUGUUAUAGGAAUGCUCCAAGAUAUUAAAACUGCCCAAAUUGACCUCCUCAGGAAAAUGACUGACAUUGUCAGUGCAAUAUCAAAAUUCCAGGAAAAGAUUGACUUUCAUCAGAAGCAGAUGGAGGUACUAGAAACCAGAAUAAAUGUUAAUGAAGACAAGCAAUGCACAACAACUAAAGAUAUCUUCUCUAUGAAAGAAAACAUUGAUGCUUUAAAGGAGAAGAUAACAGAGCUGGAAAACCAGCAUUCUUCUUCCAGCAUAUAUUGUUCAGAAGUUCUAGAAGGAGAAAAGGGUAAAGAGGUCAUGGAUCUACUUCACAAACUCAUUCAACCACAAACUUUGGAGAACACAUUGGCUUCUACAGAGUCUGAAAUCUCUUCAGCAGAACCAGAGAAAGUGCCUAGUUAUUCUGAUCCCACUGAUCAUCUUGAGGAAAAAACAAUUUCUCCCAAAAUUAAAAUUCUGAAACAAAGUAAUCAUCAAAAUGCAUUAAAAGGCUUUAAAAGGGCAAAGUCAAGCAUUUAUAUUUACCCAGACAUUAGUACAUGGAUCAAACUAACUUUUGUCCCUGGAGGAAAGUGGAGAUUUUUUCUCAAUGCCACCAAGUUAGAAGAAUUCACCCAGUGGCUUCUUUCUAGAGCAACCAUCCCUCCUGAAGAACCACAGCUCAUAACCCAGAGACACUGUCCACUCACUGGACCUAUUGUGAGCUUGACCACAAUCUGUCUCUCUGUUUUCAACUAUAUUUACUGUCUCUUUGGUUUUUUAAAGGAAGAAAUAACUCAACUAUAG